AUGAGUAGGGAUCAACCGGCUGCAAGUUUUGCCAAUUCGAACCACCGUCCUCCUAUAUCCACAGAGACACCAACCUCAGCCUCCUUUUCCAAUCCUAUCUUUGAGACCCCCAAGCCCGGGCAAGGCUCAGUUACCGACACCGGGGGCUGGACGCCGCAUUUUGCCGAGGACUACUCCGUAUUCAACUCGACUCCAGGAAAUCUUCGUGGUUCCCAGAAUCUUUUCAUUGACUACCGAGCCGCUACGCCUUCCAACAGCCACAAGAGGCUUCUCUCCGCCGAAACUUUUGCCGCUGAAAUUGCGACCCAUGUAAAUCACUUUUCUUCGAACCGAAAUUUACCACUGCCGCCGGUCGAGCCCUGUCGCCGCUUGGCCUCGUCCCCGAACUCAGUAACCGUACCCCAAGAAUACAUAACCGAUUCGACACCUUUGCCCAGUCCUGAUCCAUCCAAGCAACCUCAAUCCACCAAGAAGGCUAGGAAAGUCGGAGUUGAGGGUGAAGAGCCAUUGCAGACGGCGACACCCCCAUCUACCGGACGUAGGGGAGAGCGGAAGCUCGCUGACAAGCUCAAGAUGCAAAAUGAUCAGAUCUUCGGCCAGCCCGACUUCACCGGCAACUCCCAACAACAACAGCAUGACAUUGCUGCCCUUAUGGCCUCAUCUAGUGACAUGUUUGGGUAUCCAAUGACAGCCCCUGCUGCCGCACCUACUACAUUUUGGGACCCCUCGAUGGGAAUGGACUUUGACUUUAGUGCAUCACCUUCAAAUGUUUUCCAGACAACGCCUGUUCAACAUGGCCAUCGCCACACAGGAUCCUUCGACUGGAACAGCGAGGUGCCGCUGUUUCAGGACCCUACUGCACCAUUUGCUUCGGCAAAUACAGACCAUAUGCAAACGAUCCAACGUGACCGUCCCCUUGCCCCGAAGCCCAUGGGCUCUACAUCUGCUACAACUGCAGCAAGCGCCGCUAUGUCUGCGGCGCUUUCUGCUCCUUUAGAUAACCCUUUUGGGCUUGGUCAAUCCAUGAAUGGAGUGAACCCUGGAUUGCUCUUUGAACCCCCGCAGAACCCCAUUCUGAAUAACCCUGCUCUUAUCCCAGUGACACAGGCUGGCUCAGCCGAGGCCACGAUUUUCCAAUCGAGGUCUAGAACACCUCUAGGUGACAAUAUCCGGCAAUCAACUAGUAUGAAGGACUUGAGGGCCACGAAGGUACCAGAUCGUGCACUUGCACCAUCACCGGUCAAGUCCAAUCCUCGCCCUGGAAUGGGCCGAAGCUUCAGCGAGAACCGUGGCAAGAGGACUCAGACACAGCACCGACCUGUGCUUCCCAAACUUGCCCCAGCUCGACCUGUCUCACAAGCUAGCAACGGAUCCAAUGGCGAAAGUGCACCUGCUCAACGGCCUAUAGCUAAGCCAACGGGAAGAUUGUCUCCCAUGAAGAGCCAAAAUCGUCUAUCGAGCCUGGCUUCUAUUCCCGAAGGGCCAGCACUACACCAUCCGCCAACUCGAACAGCCGUGAAAUUCACCAUCGACGAGAGAGGAAGAGCCCGCGCCGAGACAACGAUUGUAUCAAAUGAUUGGGACUGGGAGCCAAGUAUUGAUCAGAGAAGGCUAUCCCGUGAGAGGAGCCGGACACGCGAGCUGGGACCAUCUGAUGACGAGUCAUCGUCUGACGACGAGCCCAUUAUCAUUCCUAGCCGGAACAACUCGUUCAAUGCUUCAUUUGCCUUGCCAGAUCCUCUGAGGCCAGUUGGUUCUAUCUUUCACUCUUCACGACGCAGCGUCAGUGAUAGAAGCAUGAGCAGCAUACAGGAUACCAUGGGAGGUUCGCCGCAUGAUGGAGACAGCGAGACUGAGACGGUCAUGCACGAACGCAGAGACAAGAUCGGAGAUGCUGCAAGCGAGCUUCGCAAGGUGAUGGAAGAUCGCAGGAAGCGGUCGAACCAAAAUGGACACGGAGGGCAACAUCGCUCUUUUCAAGGUGGCAGCUUUGGGCCUUUUCGAGGUGAUAGCAAUUCGCCGUCGAGCCUUACCGAGUCAAGCCUUUUAACAGACAGACCAGAUAUCAGGUGUGUCUGUAGCCGAAAGGGGGCUGACGGGGGAGACGGGUUCAUGAUUCAGUGGUAA